UGUAAACACGAAACAUAUAUUAAACCAGGUUUAUCCAAAGAAUGAAGAUUAUCUUUAUCAGAAAAAUUCGCCCUAAAUUUCGAAAGCCGCUGAUUCCAGAAUUUCUAAUAUAUAUUAAAUGGAAAUACAUCACUAAUUUGCAUCAGUAACGCAGUCUAAUCAUCAAAUGUCUACUCUAUUUAGCUCCGAGAGUUAUUUUACUCAAAGUUUUGAAAAUUUAUGCAACGCUUAAUUUGAGCGUUUGCAAUUUUGUUUGCAAUGGCAACACUAAGGAAAUCGCUAGAAAUUCUAAUAAUUAGAAAAACGCAAAAUUUAACGGUAAUAUUUUACAAUUACCAACAUUGUUCAAUUUAUUAUUAUUUUCAUAAACUUCCAAAUUUAUAACGUCUUCUUAAAACGGACAAAAAAAAAAGAUGCAAUUUUACAAGGCCAUUUAAUUACAAGGCAAAGUAAUGAUUUAUCUUUAUAGUUCAUUAUAACUUGAUAAAAGUAAAAAUAAAGUAAAUUUAAUUUAAACGAAUAUUAGAAAAACAAUAAUUGCUUUAAUUAAAUAAAAGAUAUAAUUUACAAAAAGAAGAAAAGAAAAAAAUAACAGCCAACAAAAUGACAGAGGAAACAAAUUGUUUACGACCAGCAACUGCUGCCCCAGUGCCUGGUAGUGGUGGGGAGUAUGUGUGGACACAUAGGGAACCCUUAAUGCAUUUACAAAAGUAUACCCCCUUCUUUCGUCUAAUUGAUUUUGUGGAGAAAACACGUACCAAACGCUUUUAUGAGCCUGCUGAACGUUUCGAAAUUCUAAUGUCUGCCUGCAUACUUAGACAUCCAGCACCUUUCUGUCAGAAUCGACGUUUUCCUGAAGACUAUUGGGCUAAUUUGUCUAUUGGCCCGGUGGCUGAAGCAUUUGAUCGUUUAAUUGCUGCUCUUGAUAUACCCAGUCCUCAAUUGUUAUCACAAAUGAAUGCCCAAGAUUGGGAUACUUGGAAGAAGAAAUUUGAUUUAGCCAUGGCCGAUAUACGUAGACUAUCCUAUUGUACGGAUUUGGAUAAAUUAGCUGAUAUUGGCAUUUACAAUCGUCACACAUUUGAACAGCGUUUUAAUAUGCAGUGGCAUGAAUAGAACUUAGUACAGCACACUGCAAUGCAACAGAGAAUAUGAAUGGUAGUAGCGCAAAAAAGGAGGUAUUAUGAGCAUGUGUUUGUUGUUAUUAUUGUUGGUGUAAACCGAUGUGGGUCAAGUUUAAAUAGGAUGAUUACGACGUUGUAGUGAAAAAAAGAAACAUAAUGGUGGUGGUAUAGUUUAAGCAUCAUCGUAUACCAUUUAUUGUAUUAAAAUUUGGGUUGUAUUUAUGUAGUUUUAAAUCUAAAACAUGUUGGUAGUUUGUUUUAAACAUUGCAUUGUUUUUUCUUUUUUUGUUUUUUACAUUAUUUCAUACCAAAUUAAUGGUAUUUUGUGAUAAAUCGAAUUAAGAGCUUUUGACGUAAAAUAACUUAAACAAUCAUUCAGAUAUGUAUGGUUUUCAAAUAAUCUUUUAAAUCAAUUAAAAUCUUUCAAUAAAUAAAGUAAAAUGAAAUAAACAAUAUAUAAAACCCUUGCUUACAACCGGUGCAUAGACUAUCAAUUCUUUGUAAAAUUAUUAUUUUUUUAUAUUCAAAUUGCUUUUAACGGUCAAUGGCAUUUAUUACUUUUAUACAUGAAAUACAUGCAUACAGACAUAAAUGUAUGUAUGUAUUGUUAUGUGAUAAAUGAUAUGCGCAAAUCGUCAACUUAUUUUUCAAAUCUUUUUUAUUAUAGAAAGGAAUUUUUGAUAAAUUAUUGACAAAGAUUCAAAAAAGUUUUUUUUUAUUUUUUCAAUAAUCGCUUCUUCAAACGCUUUCUAUAAGAUUUAAUUCUGAAACUUUAUUAUUAAAUAUUAUUUUUAAUUCUUGAUAAAUUUCAAAUUUCUUCCAAAUUAUAAAAAAUUUGUUUAAUUAAAUUAAAACUUACGCUAUCAUUUAGUUUGAUAUAGAUUGAAUGAUAAUUUUGUUUUAUAAAUAUAAAUUUAGUAAGAAAAUAAAUAAGAGAUUUAUUAGUACAUAUACUUA